CUACAGUUCCACUUGGACAUUUUCCAAUUUUCUAAGGUUUUCUCGGGCUCACUGCAAAACGUCACUUUCCCACCAAGUCACGUCAAAAGCAAGAGGCAAAGUUGUCGCGAUCCACGGUCAGAGCCGUUCCGAUUCGCGAAUCGACAAAGGUUUCUGUGUUAUCAUCAUUUUCUGAGAAAGUCAAGGAAAAAUUUGUUUACAACACAAGCGUGAAAUCUGCAGCGUAAUAAAAGUUAACGUGAAAAUUCUAAGGAAACAACUUUUCUGUGUGAUUUACGAUUUCGGGGGAGUUGAAAAGUUUCCUGUGUGAUGUGAUUUCCAUGUGUGUGAAGAAAAAAACGGGAAGCGCCUCGCCGAGAAAAAGGAGCUUGUGCAAUUGAGGUGUGCGCCGUGACGUGAGUUCUGUUGUGUCCUUUUUUGUUAAUUUUUUCUCGAAAAGAACACGAGUCAGGGACGUUUCCUGGAGUACAACUGUCGUCCUGUGUUUUUAUCCUUUUCGUUUGGUUUUGUGAGUUGAAAUCGUCCGUGAUGCAGUAGAGCAGCUGCAAAUGCUUUGUGAAUUUUAAAUAGUGUGUGCUCGGGGGGAAGCUGAAGCAACCACGACCAGGAGCUGUUCUGGUGGAUUCAGACCUUUGAAUAGACUCGAUAAACGGAUAAUACAAGGAAAUAUGGGAAAUUCAAGUACAAAACUCGCGGAGCGAUGUUCCUUAUUAUCAAAAGAUGAAAUACCUGUUGUGGCGAAUUCUUUUAAAUUUGUUAGUAAAAAUUCGGAUCGAAUUAAGGAAGAUGAUUUAAUGAAAUUCUGGGGCUCACAGAUGGAUCCACGAUUAGCACAAUAUAUAACAAAUUUCCUUUUUGGACCGCUCGGGAAUCGUUCAACUGUAGUUGAAUUUCAACGUUUCGCUGAACUCUACGUUUAUUGUGUACGUGGAACAAUCGAUGAAAGAAUUUCCGUGCUAUUGGCUAGUCUUGGUCAAGCUGAAUCCGAUACAUCAGAUAUCGCCUAUCCACUAAUCAAAGAGUAUGUUGAAGCCGUGGUGAGUAGUUAUAUGCGCGCUCUACGACUACAAGCUGGCGAGGAGUACAAAUCAUGGGAGAGUAAAGGUUUCCGCAUAGUCAAAGAAUGUAUACAAAAAUUAGCCGAGAGUUUAGCAUACGAUGUAGUAAAGCAAGGGACACAGAAAGUAACUAGAGAGGAUGCUGAGCGUUGGCUGCAACAGAAUCCAACAUUCCUUUACAUGUUAGAAGAAGUAUUUACACAUCUAUAUCAUUAUCGCGCUAACAAGAAUCUACAAGAAGAACAAGUUGGCGUGCGACCUAGACGACCAUCCAUCAAAACUAAUUAUUUAUUGCCACUAUGUGAAGGCCUUCAAUAUGUCCCGGAUUAUCCAGCUUUUACCGAUAUAUCACAAAUGUUAUUUAUCAAUUCAAAUUUACCACAUGAUCACCGUAACAAAUGGCGCUUUUUAUUUUCCUCACAAAUCCACGGUGAAAGCUUCUCCACAUUAUUAGGACGAAUUAUGGAUCAAGGCGCAACGGUUCUGAUUAUAGAGGAUACAAAUGGUUAUAUAUUUGGUGGAUUUGCUCCCGGGUCAUGGUCGUUAGGGCCAAACUUUUUUGGUAAUGAUCAAGCAUUUUUAUUCACAUUACGACCAAAAAUGCGAUGUUUUCCGGCCACUCACUAUAAUGAUCACUUCCAAUAUUUAAACUUAAAUCAACAGACUAUGCCUAAUGGACUGGGCAUGGGCGGCCAAUUCAGCUACUGGGGCCUGUGGCUUGAUUGCGAAUACGGUCACGGUGAAUGUUCAGAAACAUGUACGUCCUUCAAAAAUUACAUCCAACUUAGUGCAAAUAAAAAAUUUACUAUACGUAACGUCGAAGUAUGGGCAGUAGGCGAAAAACCCAAAAAGGAAGAUGAAGAGGACGGGGUGAGAAGUUCCAUAUUGGACGGUCAUACCGAGGAAAAGGCAAUACUUGAGCUGGCUGGACGCCGACAGUACUCGGACGGAAUGCGGGAGGAGCCGAACACAUAAUAAUUUUAACAUAAAUUAGUCUUAGAGUCCCAAUUUUCAUACCAUUUGGAACGUUUCAAAGCAUGUGAAUUCUAUUUAUUUCCUUAAAGCGACUGUUAGCUGUUGUAGAGAGACAUUAUGUAAACUGUUCCUUGUUUUGGCUUUUAGCUGCGUAUGUGUAAGAGAAAUGUUGAAAAGUAAGUAGUCAUACAUAAUUGUUUCCUUUGAGGAAUAUUUGAAAGAGCGAGCGAGAGUGAUUCGUUUGUAGAAUACGUGAAGACAAAAGUUUUGUGUUAGUUAUUGAUAUGAAUUGAACAAAACGAAUUGUAGAUAUUAAUAUUUACUUGUUUGUCCGUUAAAUAGUCAGACAAUACUGCUUAGUACCUAUUUUGGUUUCAUCCGGUAGCUGAUAUUUGCUUUCUAAGUUGCAAGUGAUAUGUCUUCUAGUCAAUUGUGUUUCCUGAUUUCUGCUCCCUGCAUUUUAUGCGAUUGUUGUUUUAAACCAGAAAGAGUACCUCCUAUGAAAAUAGUCAAAGUAAUCAUUUCUAAUAUACCGAGUGCCUAAAUAUUUUACGUCCUUGAUAAUUGCCUUAACGUCUAUCUUCCCGUAAUUGUACUGCAAAUAUAUUUAUCUCGUCAAUUCUUCUAUCUACUGUAAAGUUAAGCAGCAAUUUGUCUGUAAAUGUGGUAUAAAUUGCAAUUAUGCGCAAGAACGAGGCUGAGUUCGAUCUCUUCAAUUCGUACAACGAAGACAUGUGAAAUGAAUAGUUAAAUUCAUGCCAGGAAAUGUCUCGGAUAAGUGAACUCUUCUGCUAAUAAUAUUGUCUGACGAAAUAGAAAAAUAGGAAUUAAUAUUAUUCAAAGGAGUUAGAAAAUAUGGAGUCGGUUGUGUCUGUGCGUGUCGUCUAUGUAUAGAUCUCUUAUCUUAUGCUUUUCUAAGCGCUUCUAUUUGUCCAGUUAUUCAGCUUACUUUUUUCACUUGAACAACAUACUAAGACAUAAGUUCUAUUGCUAAGCAAAAAGAUAUAUGAAGUAAAGAUAAAACGUUUUUUAAUGUGAUAAAUCAUCAAACGAAUGAGAGAGUAUAACAAGCAAGAAAGAUGCUAAAUGCAUGCAAAGCAUAACACGUAUCAAUGACAAUUUCACUGCACAAAUUUAUUCGAACAAAUUCAGAGUUUCUAUAGUUUCUUAUGCAAUGCGUUAGUUUUGUGUAAAUCAAAAUAUAUCGAAUACAUACAAAUUAUUGCAUCAAUAUCAUGCAAACCAACGUUGUCAUAGAGAAAUACCGUUACUAUAGAGAAUAUUGUAUAUAUUUUGAACUAGUUGACGUUCAUAUCACCGAGAAAAUGAUAAGAACGUCAUGGAUUUAAUUGUGUUAGACGCAUAAAAAAAUCGAAUUAAAAAUGCAGGAUAAAUAUUUGAAAUAAUUAAAAGAGAAUAGAAACGUCUAUUUACAAUAUUUUGAUAGAGUCCAACUCUUUAAGGAAUUACAGAAAUUUGAAUGAAAUAUGAAAGAAUCAGGAGACCUACAAACUUAUGAAGAGAAAUAUGUAUGAAAGAUGAAAAAUGAUUAUGAAAAAAUUAACGAAAUAAACUGAAAAUUACUUGAA